GUAGUUUUAUAUGGAAAAAAUCGCUCUGCACCGCAACGCUAGAUGCAACAAAUACUGACGACAUAUCCCAAAGAAACCCGGAAAAGUGCUGUUCGAGGAGGGUUUUGUUGAAAGCUACUACCACACAGAUUCUGAGUAGACUGUGAGUGUGCAUGGGCAGUUAGUACAGGAUGGAGGAGUUCCCAGAGAGCUUUAACCAGCUGGAACUGCUGAAGACCCACGACCACCUGAUCCCCCGCGGAGCAUGCAGCCUCUGGCCGGGAGACGAAGGAGAGGAAGAGGAGGAGGGGGAAAGGAGUGAAGAGUGGUGUCAGCAGAAGGAGGAGAAGCUGAAAGACCGACCGGAGGAGCUAAUGCUGUGGGCGGCAGAGAAUAACAGACUGCCAACGGUGAAGCGGCUGCUCUCGGUCGACCCCUUGCUUGCGCAUUGCCAGGACGAGGACGGCUAUACUCCGUUGCACCGUGCGGCCUACGGAGGUCACGCCGCCACGGCCUCUACCCUGUUGGCAGCGGGCACCGAAGUUAACUCCCGCACUGCCGACGGCUGGACGCCCCUACACAGUGCCUGUCGCUGGGGCCAAGUUGCCACUGCGUCCCUCCUGUUGCGCCAAGGGGCGGAGUUGAACGCCCAGACGAACGGCGGCCUCACAGCGCUCCAUCUAGCUGCCUCCCACCCUGGACCGGGCUCCGCCCACACACUGGAGUUCCUCCUAUCGCAGCGCCACAUCAAGGCGGAGCUUCAGAGCAAUAGCAGGGAGACGGCUAGUGAAAUCGCACGCCGCAGUGGACCGCAUCACUUCCUGUUUGAGAUGGUUGAGGACUGUAACAGUGUGCGGUCUCCCCGGUGACCUCUCCCUUCUCACACACACACACACACACACACACACGUACAUCAGCUCUUAUUUACCUCUACCCAGGGGCCUUCAUGGAAGACAAGACAGUGUUCCAAGAAGUGUCUUAUGAACGUAUGAACAGUCACGUACACCACCACAUAGUCUUUCUUUGCAGUCCUGGGAGGAAACCUCAAUAUGAUGACAGUUUAUCUCAUAUAUUCUCUGUAUGCUUUAUUUGUCUUGAGUCCCAAAUGGCAACAUAUUCUGUACAUAGUGCACUACUUUUGGGUCCUGGUCAACUAGUGCACUGUGUAAGGGAAUAGGGUGCCAUUUGGGAUGCAGACCCUAAUAGCUGGGUACUUGGAAUGGGUUGAAAAUAAGUGGUCCAAUUAGCAUCCUCAGAUACUAUGGGUAAUUUUUUGCAUGGAAAUCCACAUGGUCAGACUGUACUUUGGAUUAGUUCAUCUUGUGAUUGGGUGAAGGUGAUCCAAUUUCUGACUUAAAUUAUUUUAUUUUUAAAUAAUGCCCGUCAUUACAGACGUAGGCUCAAAUGGGUUUCAGCGGUGGGAUGACUAAUAUUGUGAAAUGAAGCAGAUCAGUCUGGGUUCCAGGCUAAAUUGUGUGUGCUGGAGUAAUGUUUCUCAUUGGUCUCUGAGCAUUGGGGGUGUAUUCAUCUCAUUUAUUGAAUUGAUUGUUGAGCGUUGUGGCCAUUUUAGAUGUGUCAUGAUUUAUUCAAAUUCUAUGCUAAUUCUACAGCUAAUUUGUUAGUCAUCCAAGUGUCAUCCGUGCUCGCUGUAGAAAUAAAAAUGAAACAAGUCUAAAUCUUUAGUGACGUUUCCCUUAAUGCCUUUGAAUGUCCCAUCUCCCUUUACAAAUAAUGGCUGCCAUUUUGAUAGCGCUUACCAAACACGAGAUAUUAUUCAGAACCGCGUUCAUUUCCAAAUGUUUGUUUUGCCUCUGGGAUGUCCAUGGGAAGAUGUCUGAAGUGUGUCUAUGCCCAGCUUCAAACUCGCUUGGGCUAAAGUGCUCUGCCAUGUUUUUGUAACUUCUGGUUGUUUUUGAUCAAAUCACCUUGAUUUUUGUCCUAAAAUGGGUUGUCAGACCUGUCACUAUCCAGCCGUGCUACAAAGGACAGAAGUAUGGUCAUCAAAAGGUAACUAGAGAUAAGCAGAAGGAGAGUCGAUGCUCCGGCGGUGACGCUUCCCCCUAUGUACAGAGCUAGGAUCAGCUUCCCCUUCCUCUAUCCUAACUUACCCAUUAUUGGGGUAAAUGCGAAAUUGACCCAAGGUCAGUGUGUAGGGGCAACUUCACCCUACUCUGAGGGUCAACUUUGAGUGACAGUUUUACUUCUAAUUGCUAAGAUACCAUAUUAGGCUACCCACAAAACGUUAACGCACAACUGAAUCUAAUAACCAACUUCUCAGAUUAAAAAGGUUAAAAACAGCCUAUGUAGCAUUAAUAUUAGUCAAACAUUUGUUUGUGCCAAAAUUGACUGAAGUGUAAGUAGGAUAAUUUUGGUCAUAUAAGCCAGUAUAUUCCAAAACAGAGUUUUGUGAGAUUUGUGUAAUGGAGUUCGUCAUGACUUGCAUGAGGGUUGGGCUUGGAUUACAAUGAUACCCACUUUCUCACUAACACAAGAUGGUAGAAUUGUCAUGCCCAGAGAAACGGCUGUGCUGACUGCGCUCUAUCCAAUCAUAGCAUAGCAUAGACAUUGGGCUUGUUCGACAUUUGCAGACGACAGUGCAAGCAACUGCCGACUGAUCUACAAAUCAUUUAGCAGCAUAAAUAACUACUCAUUAUUAUUUGUAGAUCAGUCACCACAAUGCAUCAUGGAUUUGAUGCUAUUGAGACAGCCUUGCCCAUUACGCAGCGCCACAGACCUGUUUACAUAAGACAACACGGCGCCAGUGUUAUGUUGUUGAAAGAACAUUUGGCCUCUACGCCCUUUUAUGGGGUGGCCAAUUGCUGAGGUUUUGAUAGUGAUCACUCGAGUCUGCUACAUUUUUGGACAAAAUGAGAUUUGAGAUGAUGCACUGCCACUUGUCAAAAUUCCAUUUGCGAGCGUCUUGUGUCCCGCCGUGACCUGUUUUGUAUCAUGAUUCGCUAUCAAACACUGUCAGACAGACACACUGGAUAGUGAGAAAGUUGUAAAUAAAACAAAACAGCAACAAAGCGCACACAUCGCUUCUCGCAAAUGACUUUAUAAGCUUAUUUAGCUAACGUGGCCCGGCAGCUUAAUGUGCAUGCUAGCUACUACUAGCUUCAUUGACAAAUAAACUGUAUGCAGGGCACCGACUAGUUUUUCAUGCACAUUUUCUUACUUGAGAAGUACUGCACCAAACAACUUAGCUAGAUGUAAAAUUGUGCUAUUAAGACAUUGGCAAAAAUGUCAAUUUAUUACAGGUUUCUUGAUUUAUCUUAGAUUCAUUCUGACUAUUUGGAGGAAGUGAGUGACAGAUGUUGCUACGGUGACUCGGGAGGGACAAAACACAAACAUAACACACCCACAUCGAACCACACCCCCAAGACCCAAAAUCUCAUGUAUUCAUAAUGAGCACCAGAAAAACACACGCAGAGUCAUUGUGUUCAGUCAGUCUCCCUUUAAGCUGCAUGUCUUCAAAACCUUUCCACUGCUCCGUCAAUGUCUGUGAGACGAGGCUGAUUUUUAGUUAUGCAAAUGUUGUUGUUCAAUCGCAAGAUAAUUGUUCUGUAUUUUUUUUUUAAGUAUGAUAAUUGUACAUGCCGUGCACAAAGUAGCAAGUAAAGAAGAUCUGAGUGACUUACCUGUUGUCAUGGGAACUGGGAGAGUCUGCUGUUCUGCGGUACAUAUGUGGGCGCAGCCAUGUUAAAAUACUCACACUGUCCUGUUUCCUCCCACACACACACGCACACACCCAAACCUAGCCCUUGGGUAUUUAUGUAAAAAGGAUUGUUUGUACCUACAGUCCAUUUAGCCUUUCAAAUGCCUGGGCACUAGGGGGAUAGGGACUGAAAAUGGAUUUGGAAUGGAGCAGUUGCAGUCUAACGGACCCUGGGUCAUAUUAAUUAGGGCACACUGUACCAAAAUGUUUUGCAAUAGAAAACUAGUGUUUCUUGUUGGACAAGUUAAGAUAGGUGGUUAGGGUGGGGGAGGGGGGGAGCUGAUCCUAGUUCUGUACCUAAAGGAUACUUCACCUUGGAGCGAGAGCAGAUGGACUAACAGCCCUAAUACACUUCAUGUUUGACCAAGAGAUGCAACUGAAAUGCUAAACAGUAGAAGUCCUGCAACUUCUUCAAGGUGCUCAUUCAGAAAGCAACCGCUGAAUAUGCAUGUUAAAACCGAAACACUUGAAAAGAGGACAAAUUGAGCUUGAUUGUUGUUUAAUGUCUGAACAUUUUGCUGCUCAAUGACAAGUUGUCAUGCAUGCUCGCUGUGGAAAAACAAAUACAUCUUUUGUUCAAAUCUCUGUUUAUUCAAUCUUCAUAGUGCAUCAACCUCGUCUGGUUCCUUCACUGACUGAGACCGAUAUGCUUUGACCGUGAGAUGCAAGAGAUCCUUCUGUUCUCAAAGGAGCAGCACAUCAAAACUGGACAGAUUUUUAUCCCUUUUUAAAGUUCUACUCUUCUAAUGUAGCAGAUCCAAAACUACGCUAGUAGAAAGUUUGCCCUGUGUGCCAAAUGGCACCUUUUUUUUUAUUUUAGUGCAUUACUUUUGACAAGCCAUAUGGUGCUCUGUGCACUAAAAGUGAAUAGUGCACUAAAAAAGUCCACUAAAAGGGGAAUAGGGUGCCAUUUGGGGCAAACCCUUAGCCACGACAUGCAAAGGAAGCAGUCAAGCUGUGUUUGUUGAAGUCAUCGCAAAGGUUUCCUAAGUAAAGGAUCAAAGCUUAACUAAACCACCGAGCCCAUGGAAGGUUGCAGGAUACUAAUGGGCACUAGCUAGAUCUGUUUGGCAUAAGUUGUAUCUCGAAAUCAAACAUAAAAACCCUAAACACACAGAUUCCUAAUGUCCUUGAGUGAUAAAGCACCAUGUAGAUCCUUGACUUCAAACAGGCUGCGGGAGGCUUUGAAGAGUAAUCAUAGGAGGACCACUAACUGCAGUGCGGCAGCCGUAGCCCUUUCAACUCUUCAGACCCGCACUUUCAUUCAGUGGGGAAAAGAAAAGUGUGUCCUUUAAUGUUAUAUACUCCCACACCUCUCUUAAGUUAACCCCUGAGCGUGGCUCCUGGCUCAGUGGCUGUCACCCAGGGCAAUAGAGGAAAUUGCUCUGAACCCUGUAUUCUUAUUUUCUCAAAGCUAUCUUUCUCCUUGUGGUGUCCAUGGUGACAGGUGGGAUUAUUGUGGAAUGUCAGGGGAGCGGAUGAUGACACGGUUUCCCUUGAAUGAAAAGACUGGGUCUGUGUGAGAAUAUACAUUUUUUUUUUUGUGGUGGUAUUGCAGAUUGUGCGUUCUAUCAAUGUAAUUAUCUAAAAAUGUCCAAUCCCCAUUUUUUUUUAUUACUUAUUUCCUUUAUUUUCCCCCAAGCCUACCACCCCUCCCCAAACGUAUUACAAAUAAAAAACAUACCUUAUUUACAUAAGUAUUCAGACCCUGAA